AACUUAAUGUGCCUAGAGUGCCUGUUUCCACACGGAGCGUCCUAAGGAACGGACUGACGGAAACUUGGGCGAACCAGGCUUCCGGGAUAGGUAAAGUGCGCGUCUUCGUGCUAUGCUCAUGAGGGGCGGGUGACCCGGAGGAGGUGGUCUUCCGCCCCAAACGCGGGCUUGUUGGUGCCUAGAAAGAAACAAAAGAGCGAGAUCGCAGCUGGAGAGCAAUGCUUUCCUGUCCCUCCCGUAGAAACUUGCCCUGUCUCUUUAUCCCAGUUGACUUAUUUAUUUAGCGAAAUUUAUAUAAAGCUACUCCGUGGGGAGGGAGGGAGGUGCAUUCUGUCCAUUUUCAGAGGCACUGCUCUCUUUCUCCCUGCCUUUUAUUCUUACACAUCCCACCUCGCGUUCAAGGAUCUCAGUGCAGCGAACAUUAUUUUUGCCCCCUGGCCACUUCAUCCUCGGAUUGGGUUAAACUGAGAAAGAGGUUGAGCGGCUCAAGGUCAUCCGCGGGCUGCCGAGGAAGAUGCAAACCUGGGUAUCCCUAGUCCUAGUCUGGAACUCUAUAACCACUGUGCUACACUGCCGCUGCCCGCCGGUCCGUCCGUCCCCCCGCGGUUUUGUAGUGUGGUAACAAAUGAAAGUUGAUUGUUGAUUGAUUGAUUGGAUUGAAUUGUAAAAAAGAAGUGGGUGGAGGAGAGAAGAUUUUUUUAAAAAAGGGACUUUGCAGCUGGAGCUUUAAGGUUGAUGCAAAGGUUGACAUUCUAAUGUCAAAAUUGCUAAAUUUGGUAAUGCUGAGAAACAGAAACAGGGUCAAUGCCCUCUUCUCCCAAAUAAUGUUUUGAAGGCAUCAGGAUUCCCCAACUUAUCAUCUGUCUUUUGUCUCACACUGCUUUUCUGAUUGAUUUAAAGAGGCAUUCAAUAGUAACGUGGACUGGAAAGGUCUGCAUUGUUAUGUUUUUCAGUGGGGGGAAAGUCCAUUUUUAGAAAUGCAAUUGUUCUGUAAAUUAACGCAUAACCUACAGUGCAGACCUAUGCAUUCCUGCUUGGCAGUAAGCCUCACUGAGUUCAAUGGGACUUCCUCCCAGGAAAGUGUAUAUAAUCUAGUGAGUGAUUACAGAACAGAUUCAGCAAAUGAAAUGGAUACAUUACUAAUUAACCGUGCAAUCUAUACAUAUCUAUUCAGAAGGAAGUUCCACGGAGUUCAAUAGAACUUACUCCCAGACAUGGAGCCCGAGGAUGCUGAAGAAUUGGCAGCUGAGUUGCAUGGAAAGCCUGUGGAUGUCUGGGACCUCUUGCAAAUUGCAGCAGGCACUGGCUUGACUGCCUAUGUUGUGUGGGCAGGAAUUCUCAUGCCAGGAUUCCGCAAAGUGCCUUUAAAAUUACAGGUGCCGUAUGUCCCAGCAAAUGCCAAUCAAGUGGAGAAUGUGAUGUCGCUGCUGAAAGGGCGCUCUGGGAAGAUGGUGGAUUUAGGGUCAGGCGAUGGCAGAAUUGUGCUAGAGGCUUACAAGCAAGGCUUCAGACCCGCUGUUGGCUAUGAGCUCAAUCCAUGGCUCUUACGACUUUCAAGCUAUCGUGCCUGGAAGGCUGGCUACUAUGGAAAAGUUUCUUACUGCCGGGACGAUCUUUGGAAGGUCGAUCUGUCAGACUGUAAGAACGUCACUGUGUUCUUGGCACCUAGCGUGUUGCAGCUUCUGGAAAGGAAGCUGCUUGUGGAACUUCCGGAUGAGGCCCGUGUGGUGGCUGGGCGCUUCCCCCUCCCCAACUGGACACCCACCAGCAUGGCUGGGGAAGGUUUGAACAGAGCCUGGGCCUACGAUAUCAAGACUGUACGGCAAUCCGAGCAGGAGAGACCAGAGGGAAGCACGGUAUAAGAACAUGUCCUCUAGGAAACAAGCAGACACCUUUGCAAGACGGACAAGGGCUGUUUCCGGUGGCUCAGAGAGUGAAAUGUGCUUCUUUCCAAUUGUUGGCCUUGACAGCCCUUUAUAAGCUCUGGGGUAUGGG